UUUAAUUCAUAAAUAAUUGGAAUUCAUAAAUAAAUAAAAAUGCAAAAGAGAUCGUCUGAAAUUCGUACUUCGGGCAGAGCCCUGGUCAGGAGGGAUAAUAGUGGCAGCAAACUGAGAUUGCUGACUAUUGCUGGCGUUGCACAUUUGUCCAUUUUAUAUGCCGGCAUGAUAUUGGGGUGGACUUCUCCAACAUUACCAAGAUUGGAGAAACCGACUGAUGACAACCCCCUGGACAGCCCCUUAACCCCAACUGAAAGCGCAUGGAUUGGGUCUAUUGUAGCCCUAGGGGCUGCUGUAGGACCCUUUCCAGGGGGAUCAAUGGCCGAUAGAUUUGGGCGCAAAGGUGCAAUUUUGUUAUCAACGUUGCCCACUUUUGUCGGGUGGCUAUUGAUAGGAUUGGCCACAUCUGUGGAAUACAUCUAUGCUGCCAGAUUUCUAUUUGGCCUUAGUAUAGGAAGUGCCUUUACUGUAGUUCCAAUGUAUACGGGAGAAAUAGCAGAAGAUAGUGUCCGUGGUGCUGUGGGAUCGUUCCUGCAACUUUUUAUCGUGACAGGAUUCUUAUUGGCUUAUGCCAUUGGUCCUUAUGUGUCUUACAUUGGACUUGUUUCCAUAUCCUUAGUUCCCGGAGUUUUGUUCUUCAUUAUUUUCUGUUUUAUGCCAGAGACUCCUUAUUAUUAUUUAGGAAAAAGUAAAAGGGACAAGGCUUUAAAUUCAUUAUGUUUUCUCAGAGGAAAGUCUAAGGAAGAUUGUCAGUCAGAAUUGGACAAGAUUGAGGUCGCUGUAACGGAAGCAAGAGCUGAAGCAACAGCUUUUGCUGCUACCAAUAAACUUAGUGAGCUCUUCAGAUCACCAGUACAUAGAAAGUGCUUGGCUCUAUCAUUUGGACUGGUAACUGCUCAGCAAUUUGCUGGUAUCAAUGUCGUACUUUUUUAUACUGAAAGCUUAUUCGCCCAAACCGGAAUCUCGAUGCUCCCGGAACAUGCUGCCAUUUUACUAGGUUCUUUGCAAGUUUUAUCCAGUUUUACUGCUCCCUUAUUUGUCGAUAAAUUAGGACGAAAAGUCAUGUUAUUGAUAUCAGGAGUUGGCUUGAUAGUCAGUUUGACAUCUUUAGGUAUUUACUUCAAAUUAGACAGCAUAAAAUAUGACCAGAUUGACAGUCUUGGCUGGUUACCAAUAACUAGUUUACUCUUAUACAUAGUAGUGUUUUGCAUGGGUUUCGGUCCUCUCCCAUGGGCAGUAAUGGGAGAACUAUUUUCGCCCCAGAUAAAGGCAACGGCAUCAUCGAUGACUGCAUCUUUCUGCUGGUUCCUUACCUUCCUGGUGACAAAAUAUUUCGAAACACUUUGUCAGGCAAUCGGAACACAUGUCGUAUUUUGGUUAUUUGCUGCCUGUUGCCUAUUGGCAUGUAUAUUUGUACAUUUCUGCUUGCCGGAAACCAAAGGUUUGUCUUUAAGACAAAUUCAACUUCAGUUGAAUGGUGGCAGCUCGGAGGAAAGUAGUGUGAAUGUUUAUGCGGAAGAACAAGCGUGAUAAUAAAAUAAUCUAAUAAUUAAAAUAAAAAUAAAUAACUUUAAGAUGGAAUUUGCAGGUUCAAUAAGCAGACACCAAUGGUGACUGCCAAAUAAAGCGUUUUUUAUCGGUGAAGAUUUUAUACGAUAAUUUGUUUUACUUUGUUAUGCAGUAAUACAGUGCUAAAGAAUUUUAAUCAAAAUAAAUUAUUUCUUUAUUAGUUUUCAAGAGCUUGAAAUAGCAUAAUCCUUAAAAUUGUUUAUAGGAGUUUGUUCACCAGUAGUGGAGCAAUAUUAAACAAAAUAAUAUUGGUGACAAUAUUUGGCACCGUAUACUCAAAAAUUGUAUCAA